AUGGCCCUCACCGCUGCACAGAAAAAAGCGAUUAUAGUCGCAACAACCCGCCAAAGCAUCCAACGCACCAUCUCCCCCGCCGCCAUCCAACGCCUCCAACAGCAAUACACCGACUCGGAAUCCAUCGCACCCCCUCUCGACCGCCUCCCCUUCCUCGACGAGCAAUGCAUCUACCGGCAAUCCCUCGCCCUCAAAGCCCGCAAGCACAUGAUUCCGCACAACGGCGACGGCCUCCUGCGCAUCGAAGACUACGACAGCGGCACCAACAAGAUCGCCGUGCACAUCCUCGUCGAGAGCCUGCCGGUCAUCUGGCAGGGCACGCCGUACGGACAUUUGGAUGGGCUGAAGAAGUGUGUCAUCUUCGUGGCGAUUUCGAAGACGAAUGCGCGGCCUAGAUUGCCGCCGGAUCCGACGGUGCGGUUGCCGGAGUUGACGAUUCAGGAGGGCGAGGUCUUUUGGGUGGCGGGGGUGAGUGGGAAUGGAGAGCAUUUUGUGGCGAAGAGUCAGGAUAAGUUGGUUGGGGCCGCUGAUGCUGUUGGGCCGGAGAAGAAGUGGGAGGAGUCGAAGUGGGGAUUGGUGGAGAUCAAGGAGUGUGCGCUGGCGGUGUUGGAUGUCAAGGAUGGAGCUUGGAUCAUGUGUGAUGCGGUUCGAGAGAAUUAG